UCGCAGCAACAGAUGCGGGAAGCGCCCUUGGGCUGUCGUCUCUGAGAAGUCAAGUCUGGAGAAGGGGUUGAAGCCCCAGGCAGUGCUUGGGGAGACAACAAAUGGCGGGAUCCGCAGUGUUGCCCUUUGGAGCAGUAUGGCUAGUGUGGGCGCUGCUAGGAGUGGCGGGAGCGUGCCCGGAGCCGUGCGCUUGCGUGGACAAAUACUCGCACCAGUUCGCUGACUGCGCCUACAAGGAGCUUCACGAGGUGCCUGAAGGAUUGCCGGCCAACGUGACCACGCUUAGUCUGUCGGCCAACAAGAUCACCGUGCUUCGGCGCGGUGCCUUUGCCAACGUCACGCAGGUCACGUCGCUGUGGCUGGCGCACAAUGAGGUGCGCACUGUGGAGCCGGGCGCGCUGGCCGUGCUCAGCCAGCUCAAGAACCUCGACCUGAGCCACAACCUUAUAUCCAGCUUUCCCUGGAGCGACCUGCGUAACCUGAGCGCGCUGCAGCUGCUCAAAAUGAACCAUAACCGCUUGGGCUCGCUUCCUCGGGACGCACUCGGUGCGCUGCCUGACUUGCGCUCCCUGCGCAUCAACAACAACCGGCUGCGUACGCUGGCUCCGGGCACCUUCGACGCGUUAAGCGCACUGUCACAUCUGCAGCUCUAUCACAACCCUUUCCAUUGCGGUUGCAGCCUUGUGUGGCUGCAGGCCUGGGCCGAGAGCACUCGAGUCUCGCUACCUGAGAUUGAUUCCAUUGCGUGCGCCACGCCAACCGCGCUGCAGGGCGUUCCUGUGCACCGAUUGCCCGUCCUGUCCUGUGCACCACCCAGUGUGCGUCUGAGUGCCGACCAGCCUAUCGAGGCGUCCGGCAGCCCCUUGCGUGCUGGCAUGGCUCUCAUGCUACACUGCGUCGCCGAAGGACACCCCACGCCCCGCCUGCAAUGGCAACUUCAGAUCCCGGGUGGCACCGUAGUCUUAGAGCCGCCGGUCACGAGCUGGGAGGACUACGGGGUCGGGGACCGGGUAGAAGACGGGGAGGAGGGAGGAGAUGGGGAGGGGCCAAUGCAGACGGAGGCUCCAACUCCGUCUCCGGCACCAGCUUGGCCCGCGCCUCCAGCAACCCCACGCUUCCUGGCACUCACAAACGGCUCCCUGUUGGUGCCCCUCCUGAGUGCCAAGGAGGCAGGCAUCUACACAUGCCGUGCCCACAACGAGCUGGGCGCCAACUCCACGUCGGUACGCGUGGUGGUGUCGGCAGCUGGGCCCCCAAAGCACGCUCCUAGCGCCGGUGGGGACCCGGAUGUGCAGGCCCCAACCUCUGAGCGCAAGGCCACAGCUAAAGGCCGGGGCAACAGCGUCCUACCCUCCAAGCCCGAGGGCAAAAUCAAAGGCCAAGGCCCAGCCCGGGGUAGCAUCCUUGGGGAGACUGAGGCGGGGCCGGAGGAGGAGGCAAGGGAGGGAGAGGAGGUGGAAGACCAGGUCUCUGCGGACCCGGUGGUGGAGCAGCGCUGUGGCCACGGGGACCCCUCACGGUACGUGUCCAAUCACGCGUUCAACCAGAGCGCCGACCUUAAGCCGCACGUCUUUGAGCUGGGUGUCAUCGCGCUGGACGUGGCGGAGCGCGAGGCUCGGGUGCAGCUGACGCCGCUGGCGGCGCGCUGGGGCCCUAGGCCUGGUGGGGAUGCGGGAGUUGGGCGGCUUGGGCAGCGACCCCUGCGCCGGCUCUAUCUGUGCCCGGCGGGGGGCGGUGCAGCAGUUCAGUGGUCUCAGGUGGAGGAGGGCGUCAACGCCUACUGGUUCCGCGGCCUGCGGCCUGGCACCAACUACUCCGUGUGCCUGGCGCAGGCAGGCGAGGCCUGCCACGUGCAAGUGGUGUUCGCUACCAAGAAGGAGUUGCCCUCCCUGCUGGUUAUCGUGGUGGUAAGCGUGUUCCUUCUGGUGUUGGCCACUGUGCCCUUGCUGGGCGCCGCCUGCUGCCAUCUGCUGGCCAAACACCCAGGGAAGCCCUAUCGUCUGAUCCUGCGGCCGCAGGUUCCCGACCCCAUGGAGAAGCGCAUCGCCGCCGACUUUGACCCGCGUGUCUCCUACCUUGAGUCCGAGAAAAGCUACCCACCAGGCGGCGAAGCAGGCUGUGAGGAGCCAGAGGAGGCUCCCGGGGAGGGCCUUGACGAAGAGGCGGAGGAGGGGGACUCGGGUGGGGACUUGCAGAGGGAGGAGAGCCUGGCCGCCUGCUCGCUGGUGGAGUCCCAGUCCAAGGCCAACCAAGAGGAGUUCGAGGUGGGCUCCGAGUACAGUGACCGGCUGCCCCUGGGUGCCGAGGCGGUCAACAUUGCCCAGGAGAUUAACGGCAACUACAGGCAGACGGCGGGCUGAACUCCUGCCCGCCCUGCCCUCCCAACACAC